AUGAGCGCCAACCCCCAGUGGGACAUCAGCAGGGCGCUGGGGGUAGCCAGGCUUUUCCAUCUGGUGUGUGGAGUCCGGGACGCCUGCGUGACCCCAUUCCUGACCCUCUACCUGAGGCAGCUGGGCCUAGCGGCGCCAUGGGUGGGCAUCUCGAUGGGAAGCAAGCACCUGAUCGCAGCCUUCUGGGCUCCCUUCUGUGCCUUCCUGGCCCAAAGGUACCAAAAAAGGAGAGUGCUUCUGAUAGGCUCGCUGCUGGGCUCGAUGGGAGCCAGCCUACUGAUGGUUCUAGUCCCACCUUUGGACAAAGACCUGGCUUACAGCUCGUGUAAUGGAAGCAGCAACAUGACCACCACAGUGGUACCUCUGGAGAUCCCUGGGACGGUGAAUAUCACUUCAACACAAGAGUUGGCCUCAAACCACCCUGCGGGGCCUCCCAGCCUGCUAGCUGAGAGUACUGGAAUCCUGGAAGCCUUUGGCUUCAGAAAAGGGCCUAAUGAAAGUGAGCAAGAAUCUUUCAGUGAUCUGCCCAACUACUCAGUGGACUCUGUUGAAGGAGCCAGAACAACAUCCCCUGUUCUUCUCCAUCACAUGACUUCUUUUGAGAUGGUCAAUACUGCCCUACCUCUGCUGCCUGAAAGUACAGAGCUGGGACACCCAACCAAUUUGUCAGUAGUCAAGGGGAAAGCCCGGACCCUUGACCUCUCCUUGGAAGGGUUGCGGUGGACUUUCCUCCUCUCCUUGGGAUCCAUGGUGUUCUGGGAACUGCUGACAGCCCCCCUGGAGCAGGUGGCAGCUGACAGCCUUUAUGAAUACCUAGACUUUGUGGAUGCCACUGACCGCUACCAAAGCCUGUGGGUCUGGAGGUUGCUGGGCAUGUCGGCUGGUGCGUGUGGCAUUGGCGUUUUGGUGGGGCAGCUGGAUUGCUUCCUAAUGAGCAGUGGGCCCCGGGGUGUUGUGUAUUUCUAUGGCUACUCACUUGUCAGCACCCUGGCCCUACUGGUGAGCAUUGCCUUUCCUGUCCCCAUCUGCAGGUGGCGGGAGCCCAGCCACAAUACUGUCAAAGCACUGUCACUCAUAGGGGGCGACCCCCGUCUCAUUCUCCUGGCCUUCACUGUCUUUUUGGUGGGAGCUUCUGCCAGUACUGUGCAGAACUUUCUGUUCUGGCACAUGAAGGACCAUGGCAGCAGCGAGGUUGUCAUGGGUUUCUCAGUCACCCUCAGCUUGCUGGGGGAAAUUCUCCUUCAUCCGUUUAGGGUUGAGUUGCUUAGGAAACUGUCCAGGGUGGGUACGGUGGGGCUGGGGCUGGGCUGCCUUGCUGGACAGCUGCUUUACUACUCCUUCCUGUGGAGUUGGUGGUCUGUCCUCCCUGUCCAGGUCUUGAGUGCCUUCAGUAGUGGGGCUCUUUGGUGGGCAGUGGGAGCCUCGUUAGAGGACCUGGCCACCCCUGGGAUGGAGAGGUCUUUGAGUGCCAUGUUCCGAGGCUACUUUUAUGGGAGCGGGUCUAGCCUGGGCAGUUUUCUGGGGGGCUUCGUGGUGGUGUACUCCAGCCUGGCUGUACUCUACCAGGGCUGUUGCGUGGUCCUGCUGCUCUGGCUGGCCUUGUUCCUCACCAUCCAGGCAAGGGUGCCCCAAGAGCAGAAAAUCAACUACUCAAAGCUGCUGACCAUGGAGGCAAGUGACACCAGUGACUCUGAGUAA